CCGCAAAUAAAAAUGGCAUUAAUAAACUUAUGCAAAUUCUGACUUUAUUUUGAACCUGAAAGUGCGCUCCGGUGAGGCAAAAAUUUGGUUAUAGCAGUAAUAAUGGCGGCUAAAGAUGAUCUUCAGAGUAGCACACCCAAAAACUCUAAAACCGCAGAUUUUUCACCUAUAGGACAUCGAGUGCGGACUCUGACGGCUGAAGAAGUACGGAAACUUAACGAGGAUAAAGAGAUGGUGAACGAAUUUAAGCAAAUGAAGUUUGAGCAGGACGCGAAAAAACACUGGGAUCAAUUUUAUCUGCGUAAUGAAGCACGCUUCUUUAAGGAUCGUCACUGGACAAUUAGGGAGUUUCAGGAGUUACUGAAUACCAGCACAAUGCCUGGCGAAAAAAACGUUAAUGCAGACCUAUCGGCGAUAGGUGCUACCUAUCGUCCAGUUCUGUUAGAAGUGGGAUGCGGGGUUGGCAACAUGGUGCUACCGUUACUUGAAGAAGACACUCGUUUUCAGGUUCUUGCGUGUGAUUUUAGCCCAAGAGCAGUGGCGCUGCUAUCCACAAACCCAAUCUUUAUUGCAAAAGGCGGUCGAGCAUUUGUUUGCGAUCUCACAACUUCGACACUUUUGGAGGAAGUGCGCCCCGAUUCAGUAGACGUUGUUACAUUGAUAUUUAUGCUUUCCGCUGUUCAUCCUAAUAAGAUGCCGAUCGUACUAGAUAAUCUCUUCAAGGUCCUUCAGCCUGGUGGGGUUGUGCUUUUCCGGGAUUACGGCCUUUACGAUCAGGCGCAGUUAAGAUUUAAAAAAGGCCAUAAACUUCAAGAAAAUUUUUACGUCCGACAAGAUGGAACUCGAGUGUACUAUUUUUCUGAAGAAGCGGUACGCACCCUAUUUGAAAAUUCCGGUUUCUUGGCAAGGGAAAACUCGUAUAUUUGCAGAAGAACGAUAAAUCGUAAAGAGGGCAUCGACGUUCCCCGCGUAUUUGUGCAAUCUAAGUUCGUCAAACCAUUUCUAUCAGUGAAAAAGUCGACUUCUAUAACACAAGGGGAAAAUGGCAUAGGCUAAUAAAUAUUGCAGGUUAUUCUAGUUGAUGCA